ACACACAGUGCACUUUCUUCGUCCCUCCCAUCAAUCCAAAACCAACCCAUAAAAACACAGUACCCACUAUUUCGAAGCCACGAAAAUUCACCGAAUAAAAAAAAAAACUUGGUGUUCUGAGUAUUUGAGUAUAGGUUAGGCAAAAAGCGAUACCACGUACAAACACCCCUAGAUUUAUGAGAAAAGCAGGAUCCCAUAAAAAACUCACACUGCCCUUCUGUCGUUUCUCCUGAUUCCUCUGGCUCAUGCAUCUAAUUUAAAUUACGCGGCACGCCGUUGGUGCAUGCGCCGCUACAUCACCACACCACCUUAAUUUGCGUGUCACCCUAUCUCCAUCAUCCCCACUGCAAAAUCAUUGCUACAUGCCACACACACACACCCCAUCCAUCCCUUCACUCCUCCUCUAUAUAUAGCUCAUCUGGUACUCACCUUCUCAUCAAACACAAAUACAGAAAAGAGGAAGAGUAUAUAUAUACACGGUACCAGCCAUGGCAAAACUUAUGAAGUCUUCAGUUCCCUUCUUGGUGUGUUUUCUUGUUCUCUCCACGCUUCUUGUGUCGGGAGUGAGUGGUUAUAGAGGAGGAAUGGUGGGGGGGAGAUCCGAGGUGAGUGACGUGAAGACUAACAAGCAGGUACAGGAGCUGGGGAGGUUCUCCGUGAAGGAGUUCAACAGCCACAGAAGCCUGUACUGGAAGGGUGGUGGAGUUGGAAAACUGAUGUUUUCUGAGGUGGUGGAGGCACACAAGCAGGUGGUUUCUGGGCUCAAGUAUUAUUUAAAUAUUGUGGCCACCACACAGAAUGGAGAGAAGAGAAUGUUUGAUUCGGUAGUUGUGGUCCAGCCUGGGCUUCGAACCACGGAGUUGCUUACCUUUGAGCCUUCAGCUAAAUUGAUGGUUAGAAAAUGAGAAUUGUCAUUUAGGGUUUGAUUGGUUUAUGAAAUCCAUACUAAGAUAAUUAAAUUAAGUUUUGGCGGUGUUCUAUGAACAUGAGUUAAGAGUACGUACUCUCUUUUAUUUUUGUUUUACGAGGCUGUAAUAACCAUGUUUAUAUGUGUCGGAGCACAUGUAUAAUCUCUAUGAAAAUAAAAAAAAAAAAAAAAUAAAAAUCUUUAUGCCCUAAUGUAUAA